CAGAUCUAAACUUGCUUCUCGAAUGCUUGAAAUAUCAGAUGGAUAAUCCAGAAGCCCAGAAGCAGGCUUUGUCCACAGUUCAUUCAAUCUGUCAGCAAAAUGAUGAAGCAAGUGAUUAUUUCCGAGAGACUGGAGGUCUGAUGUUUGUCACUGUUCUUGCUAAAACAACUCCAUAUUCACCUGUUAAAGAAGCAGCUCUCUUCACAUUAGGGAGUUUAGCAGAAAGUAGUGUAUUUUGUCAGCAGGCACUAUGCACCUUUGAAUUAUUUUCCGAAGUUGGCACAUACUUGUCUGUGGAAAAUUCAUCAUUAAAGCUGAAAAGAAUGGCUGUUUAUAUUCUGUUAGUGCUGGUAGCAAAUAACAAGGUUGGCCAGAGUUAUGUAAGAGAAAGUGGAUGUCUAGACAUUCUGUUAAGUUUGUUCAGAACAGCAUUUCCUGUCUCUCAAGAGAAGGAGCUGCAUGCUGUAAAUCAGUACUAUCACCUUUGGUCAUCUGUCUGUGGUACCCUUUGUGCAUGUGUGAACAAUCCUCAAAAUGAUGAAAACCAGAAGAUUUGCAUGACUGCUUUUCCUUUUGCAAAGGAUUGCCUCCAGAUGUUUAGCAGAAGUGUUAUACUUCGUCCUGUUUGUUCUUUUGUUAGCCUAACACUUGCUGGUAAUAGUGAUAUGAGAGGCAUUUUAACAGAAACAAUUAGCAAGCAGUCUUAG